UCAUCAGUUAAUGAGUGAUUGCUUCCAGCUGUGCUCAGCAGGUGAUCUGAUUGGUCUGAGCUGGGAAGUGUUUGAGAUACUGGGAGGAUUAUCUGGAGAGUUUGAAUCUUCUGCAUCUUAUCUGAAAUACUGCAUCAUUUCAUCAUCACCCAUCUCACUGACUGGGCUGAGCAGGAGGUUUUUGCUGUUUCACAUUUCCAAAAAAGUCUCCUGUUGUUAUUAGAGAGCGAAAUGGUGAUUGCAGGUCACUCAGCCUCUCUGGCGCUGCUGUUAUCAUUUGCUUUCGGUGUUGCAGAUGCCAUUCGAGCUUUAAAAGAUGGACCCGUAAUUGAUGCUGAGGGAAGGGAAUUUAAAUCUGCUGCAGUGAGAGCUGAUGCAGAAAACAUCAAUGAGCCACAACCUAAUGACGGCUCCUCUGUUCGUGUACAGUGCACGGAGGUGUCCAUGAUAGUCAUGGUAAAUGCUGACCUGUAUAAAAACGGCCGUCUUGUGUCUCCUGGAGACCUUUUUCUGGGGGAGGCCGAGCAUUCAGAGAGCGGUCGGUGCAGAGUUGUUUCUGUCAGUGACACUGAGUAUGUCAUUGAAGCUGGACUGCAAGACUGUGGCACCAAAUUAACGAUAUCUGAGGACUCUGUGAUCUACUCAAACAAGCUGAUAUUCUCACCAGCUGCCUCUUACCAUGGCAUUACAAGGAUGACCAAUGCUGUAGUCCCUGUUUCCUGUCACUAUAAAAGGACACACUUUGUGAGCAGUAAUACCCAGCUGCAGCCCCUGACCCUCUCCUCUCAACACUCAGCAGGGCUCUCUGCUUUCUCCCUGAAGCUCAUGACCGAUGACUGGACAAGUGAGAUGUCCUCCAGUGUCUUCUACCUUGGCGAUAUCCUGCACCUCGAGGCAACUUAUACAGGUCCUGAUGCAGGACAAAAACGACUCUUCAUCAACAGCUGUGUUGCCACCCUGACACCUGACGUAACAUCAGUCCCCAGAUACUACUUCAUUGAAAACCAUGGGUGUGUCACUGAUUCAAAAGAGGGAGGGUCAAACACACUGUUCAAACCCAGGACGAGGACUGAUUCACUUCAACUCCAGCUCGAUGCCUUUCUCUUUCACCAUGAUCCAAGAAACUCAAUAUUUAUCACUUGCCAACUGAAAGCUACGUCUGAAAUGUGGAAGACCAGCCCUGUCAAUAAGGCCUGCAAUUACAUACAUUCAAGAUGGAAAGAUGUGGAUGGGAACGAUGGGGUGUGUCAGUGUUGUGACAGUACCUGCCACAAAAGACCAAUAAAAAAUAUGAUGGUUUGUGGCACUGUGACUCUUGGCCCUUUGAUGAUUUUCCCCAGCAAGUAAGCAAAGAACAAAUAUCCAGACAAAAAACAGCUAACCUUCAGUGCAUUAUUUCACUUGGCAAGGUGACAAUAAAAACUUUAUGAAUACAAAAAGCCUCCCUAUGACUGGAUUUUAA